GUGGACUGCUCGAACCAAUCAGAGGUAGAUAUCGAGCUCAAACAGUUUAUCAAAGGCUACUCAGAUGCCUUACAACCUGAAUUAGGGAUGAAACUGCUAAUUGCACAUGGAAGUCACCAAGAACUUGGUAAAGGUGAUUCAAUGACAAAUCUAAUGAUUAACAUGUGCGAUGUGGUUCACAUGUUAAUGCAUGCAACUGAAGUGCAUUACCAAUGUCCCAAGAGCGUAAGGGUACAGUCUGAUGUAUCUGAAAGGAUUGCUAAUGGAACUAGUGUUCAUGAGCCAAACACUAAUAAUUCAGAAGGAUCCCUGGCUGGUGCUGCUGUCUGGGAUGUAUUCCGCAGGCAGGAUCUUCCAAAGCUUAAUGAAUAUCUAGCUGUUCAUCGGGAAGAAUGUGCAGCUAGAUGUCAAGCAGUGUCUUCUGUUAAAUAUCCUAUUUAUGAUCAAACAGUGUACCUUAACGAUUAUCAUAAGAAGAUGUUGAAGGAUCAAUAUGAGGGACUGAAGACAAUCGAGCAGAUUACAAUGGACUCAGCUUCGGUCGAGACCAAUAUGUUGAAGCUCUGCAAGGUGAGGUCUGUUCAGUUUGGCCAAAAAGGCAUCCCCUACCUGAACACCUACGACGGCCGCACCAUCCGCUACCCCGACCCGCUCAUCAAGGCCAACGACACCAUCAAGAUCGAUCUGGAGACUAACAAGAUCAUGGACUUCAUCAAGUUUGACGUUGGCAACGUGGUCAUGGUGACUGGCGGGAGGAACACCGGGCGUGUAGGAGUCAUCAAGAACAGGGAGAAGCACAAGGGCAGCUUUGAGACCAUCCACGUGCUGCUUGGAGCUUUUUGCUAUGUCUAGUUUUCUCCUAUUUGUUGUACAGGCAAACAUAGAAUAGAAUUCAAAUUUGGUGGUCGCAAAAGUGUGGAGACUUUAAUUCAUAUAAAGUUAGGCUUAACAUUAGUGCAAACAAUUGUAUUUUAGUUUAUAUUUAGAGUACACUUAUGUAUGCGUUGUUUGACAAUGCUUAUUUAUGAUAUAUUGAAUGGUACUUAUUUAUAUUA